UUGAACGUCGCAACAAAAUAGUUAUGUCAGUUAGAAUAAUAUUGAAUAUGAAGUUCCGAGCAAAAAUGAUUGAUGUUGGUUGCCUUAAUCAUUUCACACGUGUGGCGAAUACCAUCUCUAAACUAAUGAAGACUUGCAUCCUGCGACUCCAGACAACCUAUAUUUUGCAUUGUCUGGUAAGGUGGCCAGUGGAGGAGUCGGCAUGUGGUGUGAGUUCUCAGGCCAACUUAUUUCAGUAUCAGCCGGAAGGUGUGGCGCCCGAUGCUAAUGAGAUCUGCCUAGAGGUGACUCCCGAGAACCUGUCCAGGGCUUUGAUAACCUCUCAGAAUGCCAAGUGUACGAAGAUCAAGCUGACCAAGAAGCACUGUGUUUGUCUCACUCUCGCUGCAGAACUGCUGACACUUUCCAGCGUCAGUCGAGAUGUCACACAUGACAUCCCGGUGGACGUGAUACCCAGAAGGCUUUGACACGACUUCAAAGAACCCAGCAUGCCAGACCUUGACGUGAUGGAGGCCAACCUGAAUGGAGAGAUGAACCUGAAGAUUGAAACUGACUUGGUGUCUGUCACAUUUACGUCAUUUAGCAGACGCUCUUAUCCAGAGCGACUUACAGUUAGUGAAUACAU